GAGACAUGGUAAAUGUCACAAAAGGCAUUUUAGUCGAAUGUGAUGCAGCUAUGAAACAGUUUCUUCUACAUUUGGAUGAAACAUCUGCACUGGGAAGAAAGUUUAUAAUUCAAGAUCUGGAUGAGAGACACCUAUUUAUAUCUGCCGAUAUAUUAGAAACUUUGCAAGCAAAAGUAGACGAUCUAAUGGAUCAGAUAUCGUUUACAUUGGCCGAAAAAUAAAUGUAAACAAAAGAACAUAAAAAUUAGCUCUUAAGAUCUGUAAUGCUAAAGUCAAAAAAUGGCUCGAGAAUCUGGUAGAAUAAAGGAUGCGUUUCAAAAGAGAGUCCUCGAUGAUGUUGCUCGUAAACGUAGGCAAAAGAAGGCCCUGGAAGCAUUGGAGCAGGAUAAUUUUCAUGAUGAUCCACACGCUGAUUUAGUGAUGAGCAAGAAAGUACCUAAAUUUCAAGAGACACUAGACAAUAGAGGUGGCAGCAGAAAAAAGAAAACCCGUUCUGCAGAGUAUUACAAGCAACGCUUUCGCAAAACUUUUGCUCAGCUUGUCGAAGAAGAUCUUAAUGUUAAUGCUAAUCCACCGAAUUAUACCUGUGCUCAAGCACCACCAUCUCGAUUUCCCGAGAGGCAUUUUUGUGCAGUAUGUGGUUUUCCCAGUAAUUACACAUGCAUACCUUGUGGUGCUAGAUAUUGUUGCAUAAAGUGUCUAGGUACUCAUCUAGAUACAAGAUGUAUGAAAUGGACAGUUUAAAAAUUGGCACAAUUUUAUUUUGGAAUAAAAUUAAUACACCUCAAAA